AUGGACUUCGAGAAGUGGCAGUUAAGCUGCUCGGGAGGAACGACCAAUUCAAACAAUUGGUGCUCCGAUCUCCGGCGUUGCUUGGAACUCCCAUCGCUGGAAUGGUUUUCCUUCCACUUGCGAAGGGAAUGGGGCCCAGUGACGCUGGGUGCCAUACCAAAACUCAGACGGCUGAGCAUUGGCGCAUACCAGUAUUAUUCUACCAUCGGCCACCUCCUGACCAUCCUUGGGCCCCAGUUGGAUCACAUUGAUCUUGACAUUUCGGGAUCCGGUCUCGCUCAGGAUGAGAUUGAACAGCUGGUUAUGGUCAUCCAGCGCCACGCCAGCCGUGUCCGGACCCUCGCCAUCCAAUCAUACCAUAUCCCAUCAACUCCUUUCAUCGACGACCUUGUCGCGCACCUCCCAUGUCUCCUGCACCUGCACUGCGGUUACGGGAGUUACAGCAAUGCCAUAUUCGACCGCUUGCCUCGCGGUCUGCGCACACUCCAGCUGGAAGGCACCUAUCGGCAUCCUUUCCCAGUGCAGGAUGCCAUCAAAGUGUUGGAUCGUGUGCGCCAGGGCCAGAGUGAGCUUGACGCUCUCUCAGUCGUCGUGCAAAGCGAUCACGCCGAGCUCGCUGAUCUGGCGAGUGCGUGCACACGCAGCGAGGUGCGAUUCCGCGUGCUCAAGCUGGAGAAGGUUGAUAUCCUUAGCAUGGGUGUCACCCAUGACACAUGUGCCCCCUUUGAGCCGUCAAGGCUGUUCUCGUAG